UUUCUUAAACCAAAGUCAACUAGUUAACACAAAUCAUUUUAAAAAAUUCACACUACAUAACAAAAUUAACUUGGUUUUUAAAGCAGUGGUCCCAAAGUGCAGCAUGAAAAAGAAUGAACCACAGGUACUUUUUCUGUAACGCCUACCUUUUCCAUUUCCAUUUCAAAUUCAAAUUAUUGCAGCAAAACUUAUGAACUUGUGACAAAAAACCAUAUUCUGGUUUGUUUUCUACUGUAAAUUUGGUCAUCUUUUCAACAUGGGAGAACCAGCUUGUCUCAUGCGUUCUUUCUCUUACAACCACACUAGAAUACCCAGCAAUCAGAUUAAGAUGAUGCAGGGGAAUUAUGCACAUGGUCUUGGUCCUCUUGGAGGGUGUUACAGUACGGUUGAGUUCAUGUCGGAUUCAUCAGGCUGUGAAAAAUGGUCAAAUGUUUCUAAAAAAUGUUAUGUUGAAGAAGCCAAGAGUUACACCCAGCCUGGAUCUGUUGCUGAGAAGAAAGCUUUCUUUGAUGCUUAUUACAAGAAAAUUGCCGCCCAAAAAGCCGCUGCAGCCGCCUUACUAGAGCAAGAAAAGGCGGCUGCCGCUGCUGCUGCUGCUGCUGCCGCAGCCGAAGCCCAGCGAGUUACCAGUAAGGUUGUAGAUUUGGUAAUUGACAAUAACAUAGGUGAAGAUACUAAGAAUACAGACUCGCUUAAUUUUAUAAAUCUUGAGGUGUAUAAAAAGGAGAGACCAUUGUUAAAGUCAAAACCGGAUGCCGAUAAGGAGGUUAGGCGACCGAUUAUCACGAAGAAACCUGCAAGUUCUUCAUGGGUGGCUUCCACCCAUCACAAAAAAGACAAAUUCAGCACUCCAAGUGUUAAUUCCACCCCUAAACGAGCUGUAACGCCUAUGAGAACCCCUGCAAAGGCAUUUGUAAACGGGGUUAAUACCACCCCAAAGCGCGCUGUAACACCUAUGAAAACCCCUGCGAAGGCAUUUGUAAAUGGGGUUAAUUCCACCCCUAAACGCGCUGUAACGCCUACGAAAACUCCUGCGAAGGCAUUUGUAAAUGGAACUAAUUCCACUCCUAAACGCACUGUAACGCCUUUGAAAACCCCUGCCAAGGAUUUUGUAAAUGGGGUUAAUUCCACCCCUAAACGCGCUGUAACGCCUAUGAGAACCCCUGCGAAGGCAUUUGUAAAUGAGGUUAAUUCUACCCUUAAACGCGCUAUAACGCCUAUGAAAAUCCCUGUGAAGGCAUAUGUAAAUGGAGUUAAUUCCACCCCUAAACGCGCUGUAACGCCUAUGAAAACUCCUGCGAAGGCAUUUGUAAACGGGGUUAAUUCCACCCCUAAACGCGCUGUAACGCCUAUGAAAACCCCUGCGAAGGCAUUUGUAAACGGGGUAAAUAAGCAACCUUCAGCAACCCUUUCAGUAGAUAGAAGUUCAGAGUCAUUCAUUUCUUAUACAAGCAAAUUGAAAUCUCCAACUAUAUCAUCUCCCUUCGUGUUGAGGACAGACGAUAGAGCUGCAAGAAGAAAACAGUUUCAGAUGCUCGAAGAGAAAUUUAAUGAGAAGCAAGCAAAAGUAGUGCCACAGAAAGCACAGUUUAAGGAGAAAGCAGGAUCAGAAUUUAGAACAACGCGCGAAAGCUCUUAUUUUAAAGCUCUACCAUUGCCCGACUUUUAUAACGGACGAGGAACACCCGAAAAGAUUCUUGAAGCAAUCCAAAUUCGUUCACAUUACGAGAAACACCCAAGAAGGUUCUAGAAGACUUUUGGAGAAAUAACAAUCAUAACCGUAUCUUUAGUAGCAGGUAUCAUGUGUCAUGAAAACAUGUCACCAAAUAUCAGCAUUGGCCUAUAAUUGUCCCAAGGGAGAAUGCACCAUAUUUACAUGUUCAUUGUAGUUAACAAAUGUUAAUGUAACACACACUUAUGAUGAAGAAACACUUAACAAGUUCCGAACUGUCAUA